AUGACAUCCCUAAGUCUUUCCUUUAACGAUAUUGAUUUUGAAGGAAGAAAGGCUUUUGCUGAAGUUCUUUAUUAUCCAUUACAUACUUUUUCUCAUAAUGUUAGGUCUUCGAUGUCGAACUUGUGUAAUCGCUGUCAAAGA